AUAUAUACGGCUUGGCAUGCGACCACAGGCACCUUUGUCCUGCAAGCAUCCGCGAACCAUGAAGCUGAUCUUCCUCGUCUGCCUGGUCGGUGUUGUGGCCGCCUCCCCAAGACCGCAGAGCCAGGGCCGCCACCCCGAAUACACCGCCGAGAUCCUGGUGGACGAGCGCGAGGACCAGGGUGAUGGCAACUUCAGGUACCUUUUUGAGACCAGCAAUGGCAUCAAGACCGAGAAGAUUGGCACUCCAGGCUCUGAGGGCCAGAGCAACAUGCAAGGACGUUUUAGCUUCCCCUUGACCGAUGGCGGAGUCGCUGAGUUCACUUACGUCGCCGACGAGAACGGUUACCAAUUACAAACACACUUAUUUAAAUACACACAAAAACAUUAAAGACUAUGUGUGUGAAUGUAUAUGAUAUAAGACAAAAUUUAAAGUAUCACUAUUGGUGAAUAAUAAAUACUGUAAAUUGCA